AUGUCGGCCGAUGCCUUGACCGUCGAGACUUUUACUGAAUAUGGCAUCGGAAUGGUCUUUCUGGCUAUUCGGCUAUACGCCAGGUUAGACAUGGGAGGCAUCCGUGGACUUCGACUUGAUGAUGCUUUUGCAGUCGCUGGAAUGAUCUUCUGGACUAUGCAGACCGUCAUCAUUUACCUAUUAGGAGUAUUCGGCAACAACAUCGGCCUAAACGACAAAACAGCCCUGUUAGUCCCCGAUAGCAAAAUCCACAACAUGAUCCUCGGGUCCAAGCUAGCAUUCAUGAACUGGAUAUGGUAUGUUUGCUACAUCUGGUGUCUGAAAGGGGUUCUUCUGUGUCUCUACUGGAAGCUCACGUAUGUCAAUCUCCACGACGGUCUCUGUUCACCACUCACAUAUGGCAGACAAGGAACCUGGCACCGUCACCUCGUCACAGCCGCAUCAGGAUUCUGCAUAAUCACCUGGCUUGGAUGUCUGUUGACGCAUAUCUGUAUCUGCACGCCGGUUGAACGGAACUGGCAAAUCCAGCCCUACCCCGGAGACAACUGCACCCUCCGAAGCCCCCUAUACAUUGUGAUCGCCGUUUUCAACGUGAUAUCAGACAUGUGCAUAAUUCUAAUCCCAAUCCCAAUCCUCGCCAAACUCCAAGUCCCCCUCCAACGCAAACUAAUCCUAGUAAUAAUGUUCUCCUCGGGCCUCUUCAUAAUGAUCUGCACCAUCCUCCGCGCUUACUACUCCCUGACCUCAAUAACCAACCUCCCCACCGCGCUCGGCUGGGCCGACCGCGAAUGCUUCGUCGCAGCCAUCGUCGCCUCCCUGCCAGGCAUCAAACCGCUCUUCCGCAACACGCGCUGGCUAGGCUCGACCAACCGCAAGAACACCAAGGCCCCGUACUACAACAGCGAUGGCUAUAAUGCGUUUGGGUCGAAGGCGUCCGGGAAGACGAAGACUUUCGUGACGUCACGGCCGAGGAAGAGCGGCACCUUCGAGAUGGACGCGGUUUUGAAUACGGCCAAGGAGAGUCGGGAUGGGAGUCAGGAGUGUAUCCUUGACGGUGAGAGGGUUGUGUCGCCGGCGGGGUCGGUUGGUCAGGCUGGGCUGCGGGAUAUGGCUAUUCGGGUUACCACGGAGUAUACGCUUGAGAGUGAGGGGGUUCAUGGUGUUGCUAAGGGUGAGGGUCUAUGA